AUGUCAUACUUACUACCCCACUUACACAGUGGCUGGGAAGUCGACCAAGCGAUUGUGACAGAAGAAGACCGAGUGGUGGUAAUUCGCUUUGGCCGAGAUCAAGACCCGACGUGCAUGAUUCAGGACGAAGUCCUCAUGUCCAUUGCGGAGAAAGUCAAGAAUUUCGCCAAGAUCUACGUGGUGGAUAUCGAUGAAGUACCAGAUUUCAGCAACAUGUACGAGCUGUACGAUCCAUGUACCACCAUGUUCUUCUACCGUAACAAGCACAUCAUGGUUGAUCUAGGGACUGGUGACAACAACAAGAUCAAUUGGGCCCUUGCAGACAAGCAAGAGUUCAUCGAUAUUAUAGAGAUGGUUUAUAGGGGAGCACGAAAAGGAAGAGGUCUAGUGGUGUCGCCAAAGGACUACUCAACAAAGUACAGAUAUUAG